UCUACGGGGACCACAUUCAAAGCCGGAACGUCAAACUACCUAAACAGCUAAAAGUUCCUUCGUACAGUCCGGAGUCCAAAGUUAAUUGUCUUCGUGUAGAAACGAUCUGAAUGUUUUAAACUCGGUGUGUUUGUUUGGGAUAUGAAAGCUAACACUCCGGACAGGUGCUAACGUGACACAGCGGUUACCAAGGUUACAGUGAGUGACAGCCCUCCAAUGACAGCAGAGAGUCUGACAGGUGAGGACCAGCUGAGGACGUCCUGUGAGUGAUUCCCACGGUCUCAUGGCCCCCCGCUGGUCCGGGUCGCUGCUCGGUCAGUCUACACAGUGACCCCGGACGAGGUGCGUUCACGUACCAGCACGGAAAAUGGUUUUAUUGUGUUUCAAUCUCCUGAGGGGGGCUCGCUUCUGCUCCCGACCCGCACACCUGCUCCAGAACCUUCACCUGAGGAGACCUCUGUACAGCUGCCACAGAACCACAGCCUCUGUCCACCUCAGGUCUGCCUCACCUGUCUCGCUCUGCGCCAAUGAGAGGCCGGUAUGUUGCCGGAUCAGCUCCGGGGUCACCUCUAUGCUGCAACCGGGCCCGGUGCUGACCCAGACCGGACUCCACUUCCACACCUCGGCCCCUGUGAGGGCUCUGCCGGUACCCCUCCUGUGGAUGCUCCUCAAACCUCUGCAGAAACUCACCGCCAUAAUACUGGGCAGGAGUCUCAGGAAGUGGUGGGUGGCUCUUCCAGCUAACCGCCGGCAGCUCAUGCGGGAGUGGGCGUGGCAGCGGCGGUGGCACCUCAUUGCUGGGACGUGUGUUGCUUUGGUGAUGGUACUCCUCCUUCUCGUGACCCACCUGGACGAGUCGCCGCUGACGGGACGGACACGCCUCCUGGUGUUCAGCAAGGAUAAGUACAUGGAGCUCGCUGCUCUGACCUCAGAAGCGUACAUGGAGUCGUAUGCAGAGCUGAUGCUCCCGGCCUCUGACGCCCGGCACCAGCUGGUGGAGCAGGUGGUGCAUCACCUGGCUCUGAGGAACAAGGACAUACCGGAGGUGUCUGAUGUCAGCUGGAGCAUCCACGUGGUGCAGAGUCCGGAAAUCAACGCCUUCGUCCUCCCCGACGGGAAGGUGUUCAUGUUCACAGGGAUGUUGGAGGUCAUCACUGAUAUUCACCAGCUCGCCAUCGUCCUGGGACACGAGAUGGCUCAUGCUUUACUGGGGCACGCUGCGGAACAGGCCAGUCUGUCCCACGUGGUCGACCUCCUGUCUCUGAUUCUUCUGACAGCCAUCUGGGCCGUGUGUCCUCGGGACAGCCUGGCUCUGCUGGGACAGUGGGUCCAGGACAAGCUCUCCCAGCUGAUGUUCAGUCGUCCGUACAGCAGGAAGCUGGAGGCCGAGGCCGAUGAAGUCGGGCUGCAGUUGGCUGCAAAGGCGUGUGCAGAUGUGCGAGCAGGCCCCGUCUUCUGGCAGCAAAUGGAAAUCAGAGACCAGCUGACAGGAGAGCCCGCCCUCCCUGAGUGGCUGUCCACACACCCAUCACACAGGAACAGGUUCACUCAGCUGGACCGCCUCAUUCCACAGGCUCUGGAGUUGAGGGAGAGCUGUGUCUGUCCGGCUCUUCCUCCCACUGAUCCUCGAGCCGUCUUCUCCCAGAGCGUCCGAGUGCUGCUGGAAAACGCCAAGAACCAGGAGCGUGGAGGGCAAGAGGGGGCACGAAAACCCCGCCUGCCCCUCAGCCCAGCCUCCCCGCUCCCUGCUGGACUGUCUGUAGCUCUGCUCGCACAAACAUCUCCCCCUGCUUUAUCUAAUGAGAGCCAAGAGAGUACCGGCUCAGGGUUAGCUGCUCCUGCUCCUGCUGAGGGGGUCGGACCUCUGCUGGAGGGGCAGAGCACCAGCUGACAGGACCCAGAGACUGAGAGGUGAACUGGUCCGUGGUGAACUCACUGAACUGUUUGUCGCUGCUUAGAGAUGAUUGUGAUUGUCGAUCAGGUUUCAAAGCUUCUGCUGUAACUUAAGAGUAUCCUCACUGCAGACCAUCUCAGGAUGGAUCAGUGAGUGUUUGAUUUCAAAAUGCUGUGAAGUGAUCUCCGAAACUCACCUUCCCUCCGUGUGUUCAUCAUCAUCAUCAUCAUCGUCAUCAUCAUCAUCAUCAUCAAUAAAUGAUGCAGAGUUUAUUUUAUCUGAAAGCAACAUAGUUCAAACACUGACCAUGAAACUGAUGUCUGUGCAUCACAGCUUUAUUCAUUUUGAACACUUUACAUAUCCAGUGUGAUCACAUAUUCAGCCCCUGGUUCACUGAAGGGAUGUGCAGCUUUAGUGUCACUAAACCUGAGCAAAGAGACAAAAACACUCUCUGAUUCACAGAGCACACUCUAAGGGUUAAAUACAGCACAGGUAGUAGAGCGAGUAGUGUCUGUGUGCAACAGUGUUGUUUGUGUUAAAAUGAGCCAUCAUGUUUUUAUUUGAGGUAAAAUUUCAAAUGAGCGUUAAUGUAACAAACGUCAAAUUCACACACUCUGCUAACAGCCGCACACACAGACAGACAGAAUAUUUACAGUCUGCUGGAAACUGUCCUGGUAUUAGUGAGGUUUAUUAUGCUCAGACUUUCAAGUGAUCAUGACAACAAUUCCCCUCUGUGUGACCUAAACAUGACAUGUCUGUUAAUACUACUAUUAUUAUUAUAAUAAGGGGUUAAAUCUGACAGUCUGAGGACGUCAUGGAGGACAGAGAUGAGAGGUUUUUAUUUGGACCAGCAGGCGAGCUCCAGGGAGGAAACUUUGUUAUGAACAGUUAAAUUUGUUUCACAUCAUCUGAUGAACAUGAUCUCUGUCAGGAUGAGAUCUCACAGUUCAGCUCUUUGCUGCAGAGAUGCUGACAGCUCAUCUAUGCAUGCAGACACAAAACAAGAGCACACUGCACAGAGCUGCAGGACUUUGGGCAUUUUUCUGCUUGGAUAUCAUCAGGGCAGCGUGCUUUGUGAAUUAGACAAAUGAUGUGCAAUUCACAUCCAUGUGAUCCACUCUUAGUGAACUCCCGGCUCAGAGUUUAGUUUCAUAAAAUCACUUAAGAGUAAAGACAAAGAAAAACAGGAAAUACUUGAAUCCGAGCAGCUGGAACCAGAGACUGAUUCUCAGUUCUCAAAGAUAAGGUUCGAAUCGUCGAUUAUUAAAGUAUCUACUCGUUUAUUUCUUUUUUGUCAAAACACUGAAUAAAAUCCACAGCAACACAUUUAUGCAAAAUUGAGAUCUGUUUAUAAGAUUCAAUUUGUCUCUUUCUCUGUUCAGUUUCUUGAUCAGCUCAAACAUCUUCUGUCUUCAGUCUUCGUCUCUGGGAUUUUUCAUCAUAUUUUCACAACUUCUUCGUCCCUGAGGGUCAGAAUCAUUUCGUCCAGCUUCAUGUGACUUUGUGCCUCUUCACGUGUAAGCUUGAGGAUUUCUAUGAGUUGGGCUCCUUUUUUUUUUAAGUUCUGUUGCUUUGAAUCAAUGCUGUGUGCAGAUUCUGGGGAAUCUUGUAGCAUUAAAUCUCCCUCAGAGUCCGACUCACUCAGAUUAUUCUCUGAAUGUUUGUAUGUGUGUAGGUUACAGGAUUAGCUCUGAUCUGAAGCUGUCUCUAGAUUAUUUUUCCUGUUGUUGAAAUAAAAAAGUGGAUUAAAUA